GAGGAACCAGAACCUCCACGAGUUAAAGAAGAACCUCAGGAACCAGAACCUCCACAGGUUAAAGAGGAAGAGGAUGAUCUCUCCAUCAGUCAGGAUGAAGAUCAGCUUGAAAUGAAGCAGGAAACCACAACCUCAGUUGUGACAAGUUGUAUCAAGAAAAGUGAUCAGAUGGAACCAGAACCAGACAAAGACCCGGUCCUCUCUGAGAACAGAAGUCCCACCAGCGAUACGGACAUCUCUGCAGAGACUGAGACUAACCCUGAAGCAGAUCUGGAGUCUUUUCAAUGUGACAAAUGUGGGAAAAGUUUUAAGAAUAAAUACCACCUAAAGGAUCAUCACAGUGUCCACACAGGUGUGAAACCAUAUGUCUGUCAGCUCUGUGGGAAAAGGUUCAGAGUAAGUAGUUAUUUACCAAUCCACAUGAGAAUUCACACUGGUGAGAGACCAUUUUCCUGUGACACAUGUGGGAAAAGUUUCUACAGCAAUGGUCACUUACAGGACCACAAAAAGAGUCACACAGGUGAGGGGUAUGUUUGUAAAACUUGUGGGAAAAAUUAUUCAAGCUCUUCUGCAUUACACAACCAUCAGUCCGUUCACACAGGAGAGAGGCCCUUUAGUUGUAAACUUUGUGGGAAACAUUUUAGAAUUAAAGAGAAAUUGGGCAGACAUAUGAAGAUCCACACCGGGGAAAAACCAUAUUGCUGUGGGACUUGUGGGAAAUGUUUCAUAGAUACCUACAAAUUAAGGCUCCACACUUUGGUCCACACUGGUGAAAAACCACAUUCUUGUAAAACGUGUGGGAGAUGUUUCGCUACAACGGGGACCUUAAACACACACAUGAAAACUCACACGGGUGAGAAACCAUUUGCUUGUGACAAAUGUCCAAAACGUUAUGCUAAUAAAAGAAGUAUGGUAGAGCACAUGCAAAAUCACGUUUUCAAUAAACCGUAUGCUUGUGGUCAAUGUGAAAAGCGUUAUUGUUUUAAACAAGCUUUGUUGUACCACAUAAAGAGACACCAUACAUAAGUAGGAUGUUUGUGACAGAUGUUCACACAGGAGAGAAGCCAGAUCCUUGUGGAUCCUGUGGAAUAUUUUAAUUACAAAAUGAUGUUUCCAAUCCCACCUGAGAAUGUUUUAGUUUGCAAAGGUUCUUGUUCUUCACAUGGGAAAACCUGCAGAAAUCAGCUGUAGUUUUAGUUUUUAUUAGGGGUUUCCCAAUACAACUUUUUCACUUCCAAUACGAUACCAAUAUUGAAACUUUGAGAAUUGGCCGAUACCGAUAUUGACCCGAUACAACUAUCCAUGCUGGAUCCAAGCGCUGCUGAUAGAGAAGCUGGAGCGGACUGGUAGAACGGACUGCUUCUAUCCCUGUGCUUAUCUGAGAUUUUAGAUGCAGGCCGAUAAAAUCAGAAAGUUGUUUUUUUGGCUGAUAUCGGACCAAUAUCAAUAUCGGAUCAGGACACCCCUAGUUUUUAAUUCUUUGAACAAGUGCUGCUUUUUUCAGAAGAUCUGUAUCUGAAGGAUGGAUCCAAAGACUUGUCCUCAGGCAUUCUGCUGAGACAAUCUGGGUUUUUAAAUAGGAGCUGAAACUUUUCUGGUUUUAUUUGAGAAAAUUAUUUAGAUUUUCUUUGGGAUUUUUUUUUUUUGUGCAAACAAUUAAUUUUUUUAAAUGAGUUUUGUUUAGUUAAUCUGCCAUGUCUUUUUUAUAGUCUUGUAGAGAACUCUGAGCAGUCGUCCUUAACUUUCUGCUGUCUAAAUGAAAAACUUUGAUUUAUUUUGAUAAGUUAUUUUCAGAGUUUUUGUCUGACGGUCAAAAUCACUGAUUUCCUGUUUGUUCUACAGGAAACAAGGUCAGAGCUGCAGAUUAUCUGAGGUUUGACUUGAAAUAUUUAGAUUUUUGUUUUUAUGACCUUUCUUCUGGAGUUUAUUUCAGUAACAUUUAUUCAUUUUACUGUUUUGGGGUUUUUGAUAGGGCUGCAGCAAACAAUUAUAAUCGAUUAUUUUAAAUCGCACAAAAAACAGUUUGGUGUUCCAGAACUGUUUCUAUAAUAUUAAAUUGUAAUGUAUAAAUAGGUAAAUAUUUGUACACAAAAAUCUACACAAAUGUGCUACAUUCUUAAAGUCUGUUCAUAUUUUCUUUGUGUUCAACUGUUUUAUUGUUUUAAAUGAGCUUUUAAAUCUGUCAUUGCAUGUCAUUAUUUUUAAGUGCUUUGUUUCAACUGUGGCUGGUGUUUGAUGAUGAUGAAGAUGAUGAUGAUGAUGAUGAUGAUGAUCUCCAUGAGCUUUGUAAAAUGUGUCCUGAGGGAAGAGUGUAACCUGAAAUAUAAGUGUGAACUAUCAUAGUGAAGUCUUUAUCUUGGAUCAUGUACUCUUAUGGACUCUCUGAACAGGGUUCCUGCAGGUCCUUAAAAAGUCUUAAAAGUCAUUGAAUUCAUCUAUUCAAAAAUAAGUCCUUAAUUAGGUUUAAAAUGUCUUAAUCAAUCUUUCAGAGGUCUUAAAAAAGUUAACACAUUGUACAUAGGACGAUUGUAGGUCAUUUCAAAUAUUAAAAUUGGUAAAAAUUAUUUUUAAAAAAUAUUUCCCAUUUGACAUCACUUCCUGUUAC